CUCGAUGAUGGCCCUUUGUAUAUCUAUUAUCUAUGAUCUAUGUCUAUGAUGAUGGCAUCAUAGAUAGAUGGCAUGCUCCAGCAUGCUUUAUGACAAGGCAUUCUGACUACAUAUAAUCACAUUUAAAAAAUAUUUUUUGAAUAAUUCCUUGCGUAAUAUCACAGAACGAAAUAGUGCUGUGCAGUUUUCAAUUCAGUUUUUAAAAAUGAAAUCAGUAUAUUUACAAGAUUACCUUAAGAGAAAUUGGUUGGUCAUAGGUAUCAUUUCUUGUAUAGUUUUAGCAAGAGCUUUUCCAUCAAUAGGAGCCAAAGGAGGUUCUUUGAAACCAGAGUAUUCAGUAAAAUAUGGAGCAGUGGCAGUAAUAUUCUUAAUUAGUGGUUUGUCUCUGCAAACAGAUAGCAUUUUUGAUACAUUCCAUCAGUAUAGACUUCAUAUUUUUGUACAAUGUUUUACUUUUCUCUUUAUUCCAAUAUACACAAGUCUAUUAGUAAGUAUAUUUGAAAAUAUUCUACCAGUUGAUUUAUGGAUUUUAAAAGGACUCUUAAUAGUAGCAUGUAUGCCCCCACCUGUAUCAAGUGCUGUAAUAUUAACAAAAGCUGCCAGAGGGAAUGAAGUAGCAGCAAUAUUUAAUUCAGUAUUGGGAAGUUUUCUGGGAAUAAUUAUUACACCACUUCUACUUCUUCUUGUUCUGAACGUGUCAACAAAUGUACCGUUAUUCAGUACAAUAUUUCAACUAAGUGGUACCGUUUUGUUGCCGUUGGUCAUUGGACAAUUUAUUAAAAAGUCCGUUGCAUAUUUCAAACGAGUACAUCCUGCAUUAAGCAAUAUCAGCCAGUGUGCUCUUCUCUUAAUCAUUUAUUGCACGUUUUGCGAUGCGUUUGUUAUGCCGGACAUUGGGCUUCGUACAGUUGACAUUUUUAUGACAGUAAUUCUAGUAUUAAUUGAAAAACUCUCAUUACUGGCCAUUAGUUUCAUGUCCACAAAAUAUUUCCACUGUUUUACCAAUGACGAUAUUGUUGCCAUUUUGUUUUGUUCAACACACAAAUCGCUCACACUAGGCAUUCCAAUUUUGAGGAUAAUGUUCAGUGGUUUUCAAUAUGCUGGUAGAAUUAUGUUGCCGCUGCUCGUUUAUCAUCCGGUGCAGAUUAUUUUAGGUGGUUUUUUCGUUUCAUCCUUGAAAGACUGGGUCCAUUCCGAUAGAAGAAAAAGAAGACCAUUCGUUUGAUUCUAAAGGCUUCGUCGUCUUUUUCGUCACAUGUUUAAUUUUGAAUUUCCAUUUAUUUUUGACAUAGGAUUUAAUGGCAACGACAAUCAAAAAUUCCAUUUAUUAAUUUUUUGCUUGACGUGUACCUAGUACAUACCUACUUACAUUUAUUAAUUCAUUUUUAAUCAAAUAACUAAUUUCAAAUUAGAAGUUCAUUGAAUAAGUAUUUGUACUAAUAAUAAUUUUACAAAACCGUUAAAAUAGUUGUUACUUGUCUAAAGACUACCUAAUUUUUUAUCAAUAGAACUUUGGAGGCACAUUGCAGGAAUUGAAUUAACAAUA